CGGAAGAGCUGAAAAUCACUGCAACACACACAUCCCUGCCGAGGCUCGCCGUUUCCACUGAGACGCACACAACCUUCAGGAUUUCACACAUCAUCAGUCCUCUGAGUUGUAGCUGCGCUUUAAACAGAGGAACACUCUACACCACAGGAACAGGACAACACAGACCCUGCUUAUCCCCACCCUCUCUCUUUCUUUCCUCUUCUCCUGAUUUCUGGAUCGUGGUUGUGGCCCGCGGAGAGCCUGUUUUCCAACCGCUUUUCCAGCACAGCAAGCAGAAAUCAGUCUCUGAGAGAGGAUCGUGACUCAAUGAGGGAGCCAGAGAGGGAGGAGCAGCCCGACACCAGCAUGCCUCCCAAAUUCAAAAGGCACUUAAAUGAUGAUGAGGUCACCGGCUCUAUACGCAGCGAGAGGAGGAACCUGCUGGAGGAAGACUCUGAUGAAGAAGAAGACUUUUUCCUAAGAGGACCAACUGGACCCAGAUUUGGCCCCCAGAAUGACAAAAUUAGACAGGUGCAGUCUCAGGUUGAUGAGGUCAUUGAUGUGAUGCAGGAAAACAUCUCCAAGGUGAUUGAGCGUGGAGAGCGUCUGGAUGACCUGCAGGACAAAUCCGAGAGCCUAUCGGACAAUGCAUCUGCAUUCAGCAGUCGAGCCAAGCAGCUGCACAGGAGGAUGUGGUGGAGAGACAUGAAGAUGAAGAUGAUUGUGGCGUUGGUGGUCGUCAUACUGCUGCUCAUUAUAAUCAUCCCGAUCAUACUAAAGUAUCGCUAGUUUCUAACGGGGAGGUUGGAGGCUUGAUCUGCUCUUCCUCCCGCCUCCUCCUCCCCUUGUCAUUCCUCCACACCAGAAGAGGGCACUGCAGGCCCAGUGUAUCGACCCGCUACAGCUUCAGGGGGACCAUCGUCACACAGGGGCAGUCAAGAAUGUGUGUGUGUAUGUUUGUGCGUACAUCAUGUGCAGCCAUCCUGGAAUAUGACAACAUAUCAUGCAGUCAAGGUGAUGACUGAACAUAUCAUUUGGCAAAGAGGAGGCCGAUGCUGAAGUCUUCUUUUAUUUAUUAAUUUAUUUAUUUA